AUGAAUGAUACCUUACAAAAUUCAUUAACAAAUCAUUAUUUUUCGACAACACCUGUCGAUAUAUUAGUACAAAAAAUUUUAUUAGGAUGUUUAUUAUUUAUUUUAUCAAUAUUUACUAUAUUUGGUAAUCUUUUAAUUCUUUAUGCUAUACGAACAGAAAAACGUUUAAGAACAGUCUCAAAUUUAUUUAUUCUAAGUUUAGCAUUUGCCGAUUUAGUAGUUGGAAUUUUUGUUAUGCCUUUAAGUGCCGCAAAUAUUAUAGCUGGUCGAUGGCCAUUUUCAACUGUGCUCUGUCAAAUGUGGUUAUCAAUUGAUUAUGUUGCUAGUACUGCUAGCAUAUUUAAUCUUGUUCUUCUCAGUCUUGAUCGUUAUUGGGCUGUUGUUUAUCCAUUACGUUAUCUUCGAAAUCGAUCACGUAAACGAGCAACUAAUUUUAUUAUUAUUGUUUGGUUUAUAUCAUUAUUAUGGGCGCCAGCAGUUAUAUUUUGGUCAUAUUUAAUUCCUGAACAUAGUGAUAUUAUAAAACCAAAUGAAUGUGAUACAUCAUUUCGUUCGAAUAAAUUAUUUAAAACUUUAACUGCACUAGGUAAUUUUUAUCUUCCUCUAUUAACAAUGAUAAUUAUAUCAUGUCGUAUAAUGGUUGCUGUACGUUCACGUUCAACAAUGGAAUUUGGUCGACGUAUAUCAUCAGCAACACAACGACAAAUGAAACAAGAACUUGCAUUUAUGAAUACAUCAUUAAUACGUCAUGAAAAUCCAGUAAGAUGUUCAGAACAAUUAUCAUCGGAUGGAAUAGAUAAACCAACAGGAACAAUGUCAAUUGUUGUUAAUCCAUUGAAUUCAGAAAUAAAAAAUUUCAACAUUCCAUCAUGUGAAUCUAAUGAAAUAUUAAAUCAAAAGAAGAAGAAUAAUGAUGUUGAUGAUGAUGAUGAUGAUAAUGAUAGUCUUGGACAACUUGAAUCGAAUAGAUCUCCUUUAAAUGGUGAAACACGUUUUUGUUUUCCUUCUAUAAAACCUAUUACAAUCUUAUUUCCAUCAUUAUCAUCCGUAAGAGACAAUGUUGGACGUAAAACUGAACAAUUAUCACAAAGAUAUUCUAUUAAUAAGUCAAUGAAAAAUUCUAUAAGUGUUACAAAUGAUAUAAAAUAUCCUGAGAGACAAUCAACUAUAGCAUCAAUUAGUUUAAGUCAUAUACCAAGAGCAUUAUCAUCAUCGAGUCUUUCAGAUGAUUGUCCACAGACAAUAUUCAUUUAUCCAUUGGAACAUGAACUAAUAACAUCAACUGAAAAAACUGCUAUUCGAUUGCGAACACCAUCAUCAUCAUCUUCUCCUCCAGUUCCUGAAGAAAAUCAAACAACAAUUUCUAAUGAUCAGUAUUUAACUGUUCCUUCAACAUUAAUAAAUCAACCGAAUAAAAUGCAUAUUUUAACAUUUUUUGAUUAUAUUAUUAAUCCAAGUCUUUCAAGUUCAUUUCAAAAAGAACUUAAAGCUGCUAGACAGUUGGGAAUGCUCGUUGGUGUAUUUACUAUAACAUGGUUACCUUAUUUCAUAUUAUUUUUAGUCGUAGCAUGGUGUCAUAAUUGUGUAUCAGAUACUAUUUAUACUGCAUCUAUAUGGCUUGGAUAUAUAAAUUCAACCGUUAAUCCUCUUGUAUAUCCAUUAUGUAAUAUACAUUUUCGUCGUGCUUUUAAAAAGAUUUUCUAUUGUCAACAUGCAAAAACUAAACUACCUAAUUUAAAUUCAUUACGUGACUUUCGUACAUCACAUUCUAGACAUCAACGAGAAUAA